AUGAUGGCCCUAAGAAAUAUGAAAGCUAAAUGGAAAUGCCCGGGUGUAAUUAAAGUAAAGAAAGGAUGUUUAUAUCGAAUAUUAAUCAUUGGAAUUGUUCUAUUGUCGUCGUUGUAUUUGAUUGACUUUUCACGAUCUCAUCUGACAGAACUUUCGAGUUAUACGAAGAUAUUUCAGAGGCCGAAUUUUUUGGGGAAAGAUGACGAUUACAGCAACGAUUUUGAAGAAAUUGUCGAUGAAAAUUACUUUGUGAAGACAAAUGGUUGUCGAAUAGUCAAAAUGGAUGUGAUGAACGAUCAGAUUAAAAGUUUCUUCCCAUCGGAAAAUGACAAACCAACGCCUAUAAAAUGUGGACCGCCACCAUUAACAGACUCCGAUGAAAGAUAUUUGUGGAUUAAUCUCACUGAAGUUCAAUUAAAAAAGUUUUACAACAUGUCAUCAGCAGAUCAACUUCAAUGCUACUAUACAUCAUUCAGUAGAUUAACAGAUUAUUCUGUAGUCAGAAACGAAACGUUGACUCCUUUGCAUUUUGGACAACGUUCGAAAAUCGAUUCUGAAUAUAUUCAGGUUUAUUGCGAAAAUACAAAUCAGUCACAAGUUUACACAGAUUAUCACAAUUUCUUUCCUAAACCACCUGAUGAAGUUAAGCAACCCUUGAAAACUGAAGAGAAAUACAACGUAAUGAUAUUGGGAAUUGAUUCCGUUUCAAGAUUAAAUUUUCAUCGCAUGUUUAAUCAUUCAGAGAAAACCAUAAUGGAAAAUUUGGGUGCGAUUGAAAUGCAAGGAUAUAACAAAGUUGGUGAUAACACUUAUCCCAACUUAAUUGCUUUUCUCUCAGGAUUAUCAUCAGAUGAACUCAAUGGAGCUUGUCUUUCAAACGCAUCAAUCGCCUUUGACAAUUGUCAUUUCAUUUGGAAUGAUUUUAAGAACAAAGGAUAUCAAACAUUGUUUGCUGAAGAUUCUGCAGAUCUUUCAUUGUUUAAUUAUUUCAAGAAUGGAUUUGAGAAGCAACCAGUUGACAAUUAUUUUCGUACAAUGGUCCAUCAAAUGGAAAGCGAAACUGCAUCACAUAAGAUUGGAAAUUACAAACUUUGUUGGGGAAGUCAUCGGCCCAUUGAUGUGUUACUUAAAUAUGCAAAGAAAUUCGCUAAAAGUUGUGGCGAUCAACAAUUUUUCUCUUUCUUUUGGACAAGUUCAAUGACUCACGAUUUCAUUAAUUAUCCAUUACUUAUUGAUAAAGAUGUCAGCGAUUUGCUUACAUUACUUAAGGAUGAAAAAUAUUUAGAGAAAACUGUUCUAUUCAUGUUGAGCGAUCAUGGAAUCAGAUUUGGUUCGUUUCGUCAGACAACUUUUCAAGGAAUGGUUGAAGAGAGAUUACCAUUUUUAUUCGCAGUAUUCCCAAAGACAUUCAAACAAAAAUACCCAUUGGCAAUCAGGAACUUCAGACGAAACUCUCGAAGAUUAACAACACAUUUUGACAUGUUUGAGACAUUAAAAGAUUUGUCAAACAUAGAUGGGAAUGUUUUGAGUAAUGAAAUGUUGAGAAAACGUGCUUCAGAUUUGAAUGAAAGAGAAGCCAAUUUACCUCGAGGGAUAAGCUUGUUUCUUGAGAUCCCCGGGCAUAGAACUUGUGAUGCUGGGGGUAUUGAAAGUCACUGGUGUACAUGCUAUGAAAAAAUUGAGCUCAGUAAUUCUGAUCAAAGAGUUCAAAAAGCCGCACGUUUUGUGGUGAAAACAUUAAAUGAAUUAAUUAAAGGUCACAAGACCUGUCAUUUCUUAUAUUUAAAUUCAAUCAUAUCAGCUCAUAUGCACGUUCUUAAUGAAAAAGUUUUUAUGGUUCCACCGAAUCGAGAGAAAGUUAAAAGUUUGCGACUUCCAAAGGGACGGAAAAAGAUUUACGAUAUCACGGUUAAGAUUACAACAAAGCCAGGUCCAAGACCCGAAUUCGAAUCAACCGUGAGAUUGGAUGAAAUUAAUGAUGAAAUUAAGCUAACAGGAAUUAUUAGCCGCAUCAGUACGUACACGAAAGGAUGCAUAAAAGAUUCAUUUAUUGAGAAAUAUUGUUUUUGUGAUCCAAUUUAAAUAUUACUUACAUUGCACAUUCAUCAAAUUUAUGAUAAAAAGACAAUUAAUCAAAAUAUAUUUUCCUUCUCUUUGAAAUUUGAAAAAAUUAAAGCAAAUGUUUUGAUGACAUGACAUUGACGAAUAAAAAUGGUUUCAAUUUCCAGGGAUGUCUUCAAUCUUCAAGAAAGGCAUAAUUAAAGGAAUUCAAAUUUUCAUUUCAUUAAAAUUUCAAUGGAUUCUGAUUCAAAAUUGACACAAUUGACGAUUGUCAAUCGAAAAGAUGACAACAUUGCUUACUUAAAAAAAACAAGAAAUGAUUCAUCAGAAAUUCAUUAAGAAUCAAUUAACAGUUUUAUUUACACCGUCACGAAUAAGAAAUGUCAACAGAAUUAAGAUAAACAAAAUAAGAUUCUCUUUUCAAAAGUAUAAAGAUAUAAAUGAAGUAUAAAAGAUCACAUAAUGUUCAGAAUUUGCUUGCUUAAAUGUUUAAAGACUGCCCAAACGAAUUGAACGGUUAGGAGAAAUCCAACCAUGAUUGUAAGGAAUCCAAGGAAACUGAUAUGUUCACUUCCAAUAGGACGAAUAUAAUCACUCAAAGUACUAAAUCCGCCUUCCUUCUCUAUCCAUGUUCCCGUUUCAGCUGCUAGAAUCGUGUAAACAGUGUCAAUAAUUGAUUGGAUCAUAUCAGACUGUCCGGCUUUAACACAGUCGGCAGCGAUAGCCGAUG